AUGAUUUCAAUCUGGUCCCCACCAAGGCUCAGCACAGGAAUCGAUCCCUACCAAUCUUGGAGGAAAUCUUUGCACUUCGAUGGUGCAAAGCAAAGAGCGAAGCGGCUGACAGCCAGCGCUAAUUUGUCCAGUGCAGAUUGGCACUUCUGGGAUCUGUCACAGGUGAUGACAAUGUCGUCUGCAUACUCCAAGUUAAGAAGUCGUUCUCCUGGGAGUAGCUCCACACAUCCUAAGUUGUGUCCUGUAAAUGUAAUCUCCAUGACUUGGUCAAAAGCGAACUUGAAGGCGAAAGGUGACAACAGGCAUCCUUGUCUCACACCGCUGGAGAUAUUGAAGGGCGGCGAUAGCUCACCGGAAGCCCUCAUUCUGCUCGUGAUACGCGCGUAUAAUGCUCAGAUAAUAUGUACAUAUUUCUCAGGCACACCUUUCCUGAGUAGACAGUCCCAAAGCGCACAUGGAUCAACCGAAUCGAAGGCACCUUUGAUGUCGAGGAACACGACUACAGUAGGAAGCCAAUAU